AUGUCCGCUCCCGAAGCAGCUGAGGCACCGGCGCCUCGCGGAAUUGCGGUGCCGGAGCUUGACGUCUCCAAGCUCCAUGAGCUGCCAUCCGAACAACAGGACCUAUACUUGCUUACAUUUACCUCGGACCUCGUGCAAUACAUCUCUGGACUUGACGCCGCUGAAGUAUCUGCGCAACAAAAACCGCUAAAGAAAGAAUUGUUCAAGAUCCUCACACUCACCUCUCCUUCGCUCACCCGAGUGCUUCGCAACAAUCUGGGGCGAUGUUUCGGCGCUAUCCUGGCUAAAGGGGACCGCGGAAUACUUUUCGAGACAAUCAAUGACCUUUUGGGAAUUAUUAAUGGGGGGAAAGACCUUGAUUUGAAGAUCAAGUUUGCUUCGGUACACUGCCUCGGUGAGGUGUUUGCGACAGCUGGAGAAAGCGCAUUCAUGCAGGCCAAUGUCGCAGCUACCAGUACACUCAAACUGCUCAAAGCAGCGAGCAGUCACACUGGUCUUCGAGGUGUCUUGUUCUCGGUUCUGCGCAAGCUUGUUGUUGGAAUAGGCGUCCCGAUUGAUGAGUCAAUUGCUCGAGACAUUUGGAAACAAGCACGAAAUGCAGCGACCAGCGAUAAGUCCACAUUCGUUCAAGUCCACGCAUGCCGUUGCUUGGAACAGCUGAUUCAUGCAACUCCGUUUUUCGAGAAUACAAACGAUUUCGAGAGCCUGAAAACUACGAUCUGGAAAGUCAUCGACAGCCCGACGGCACCUGUCCGCCACGCCGCGGCUGCUGUUCUGGGUCGGGCGCUUGUCAAGCUUCAUGUUACCGAGAUGCAUGUGAUAUCGACGCCCAAGCCGAAGUCUAAGAAGUCCAAGCGGAUUUCCAAAAAGCCGACUGCACGACCGGGCGAAGAGGAUGAGGAUGAGCUGUCUGAAUCAUCCACCGCUGCAGCUGCUGCAACCGGUACCUCCAAAAAGGAUACGCGGCUUUUCUUUCUGCUUCCAGAUCUGCUCCGCCAGCUCUCUUUCCAAUAUGUCAAAAGCUCAACUUCGAAUCGCACUCGAGCCGGUAUCUGUCUGUGUUAUAAAUACGUGCUGCGCAACUUGAGUGAUAAAAUCGUGGAAGAGCGAUAUGGUCAAAUAGCAUCAAACUUGCUUUUUGACUUGCUCAAUCAUCCCACUGUUACGUACAACCGCUUCCGAUUGCUGAUGACUCGCAAGUUCAUCAAAUCGAUACUCGAAGACACUAUUGGUCGCGAGUUGCUGCGAGAGAACAGCCAGCUGAACGCUGCAAGAUGGCUCAUCAAUGAAGUCCUGAAGGACUACCCACAAGUCAUGCAAGAGCGGCGCGAGCCAAGUAAAUAUACGCUCACCAGCACUAUCAGCGCGCUCUCGUCCUUGAUUGGGUCUCUUGGAUCUGCAUUCGUCGUGCUCGCAGAUGCAUCUCGGGACGCCUUGCUCCAAGUUCUUCCCCAUCCCAGCUACACCGUUCAAAUUCAUGCAGCACACUGCUUGCGCGGCUUCGUACUAGCUUGCCCUCAUCAGCUCAUUUCAUGCGUCACCAUCUGUAUGAAUAGUCUCAAUAGAGAGAUUGGCCAGCUCGCUACGCCGAGACAGUCGCCUCGCCGCUGCGUUGGAUACGCGAAUGGUCUUUCAGCAAUGCUAAGCACAUCUCGGCUACAGCCACUCUAUGGUGCCGUCGAUGUCUUUGCCCGCAUAUUUACACAGGCCACGGAUCUUCUGAAAAUCAGUACAACAUCGGAGCUGCGAGUGGCUGCGACACAGGUGCAAACCGCCUGGAUAUUGAUUGGGGGGCUCAUGCCUCUUGGACCUAGUUUCGUGAAAAUUCAUCUUUCCCAGCUGAUGUUGCUUUGGAAAAACGCAUUACCAAAGCACUUGAGCAAAGAAAAUGCGGCCCAACCAAGUACGCUAGAGACUAGUUUCUUGGCCCAUGUUCGAGAAUGUGCUCUGAGUGCACUAUUGGUCUUCAUGGAAUUCAACAGUAAGCUCAUUACCGCUGAUGGUGCAAAGCGCAUUGCCGUCAUGCUGCAGAACACUGUGGAGUUCUUGAACGAAGUGCGUCGUCCGAAGUCUAUGGAAGAUAUCUCGCAGCGGCUGCAUCCCUCCUUGCAGCUCAUUGAUUUCACGACCAUGGUUCGACGUCGGGUUCUGCAAUCUUUCUCGAAGUUGGUCCACGUUCAGCAUCUCAGCCACGGAGAAAUCAUUUCUCAGUCGAAUCUGCUGAACCUCGCGAUUUCCUCAUUCGCCGACCCGGAAAAUCAAGUAAGGCCGCUCGAAAGCUCAAUCGCGGCUUCUUCGGGUCAGUUUGAUGGUCUAUGGGAUCUUUGUGAUAGUUACGGAUUUGGCGUUACUGGACUCGCCCGAGAGUACGUCCGUGCAACUUCGACCGGAUCCCAUGGCAACGAAACAGGCCCAUCAUGGUCGGCCGUUGAUUCCGUGGAUCAAGUUGUAGACGAUGUCUUGACUUUUCCUGUCUGCGAAGCCAGCGAGCAUGACUCUUUGCUUUUGUACAGCUUACGUGUUGGCGAUUCUCAGAUUGCGGACCCGCCAACAACAGGCGUCGUCAAUGCGGCGAUUGAUCUUUUCGCUGUUGCUAUCUCUCUCCACUCACCCAAGAUGCAGGAAAGCAGCGUCGAACAAAUUGCAACUUUUCUUUCUUCGCCAGGCCUUCAACGGAAUCCUGGCCGAAAGGCUGCUUUGAUCGUCAAUAUCUCAAUUGCUCUUCUGCAUGCCCUUAAGGUUGCAGUGAGAGAAACGAAUCUUGUGGCCGGGAAACUGAAUUCGUCUACAGAUAAGAUCUUCCAGGAGUUGAUUCAGAAAUUCGUCGUGGAUGCAGAUCCGAUCGUCAGAACGAUCGGCGUUGAGGCCAUGGGCCGUCUUUGCGAUAGCGCAGGAAACUCAUGCACUAGUGCUCAGGUGAAUUGGCUUGUUGAUACGAUCGUGGCAAACAGAGAACCAAAUGCCCGAGCCGGCUGUGCCGCUGCUCUGGGGUGCAUCCAUUCGCAAAUCGGUGGAAUGGCAGCUGGUCUGCAUCUGAAGACCAUCGUCGGGGUGUUAAUGUCUCUUUGCAACGACCCGCAUCCCGUCGUUCACUUCUGGGCUCUCGGUGGCCUAGAAAGGGUGGCGAACUCGGCUGGCUUGACAUUUUCCCCCUUUGCUUCAAGCUCACUGGGCAUGCUAGCUCAGCUGUACAACGCUGAUACCCACAACGAAGAGGCAGCAGUACUGUCAACGUCAAACGUCGAGAUGUCAUUCAUGACUCCUGUUGUAAUAAGUCGGUGUGUUGACUCACUGAUCAACGUUCUUGGGCCGGACCUGCAAGACGUUGUCAAAACUCGCAACCUUAUCCUUACACUGCUACGUCAAUUCCAGUUGGAGGAAAAUCCUGCCCUUGUCACCGAGAGCUCUAAGUGCUUGGACCAUUUCUCUCUGUAUGCGCCUAGCUACGUUGACUUUGAUGGGUACGUCAAGCGGCUACAGGGGGAACUUCGCGCAAGUAGCUCCUUGAUGCGAGAUGUGGCUGUUCGUGGGCUUAGCAACCUGAUGAAAAGAGAUGCUCCGGCUGUCGUUCAAGCGACCGGUGAGAGUCUCGAAGAUGACAUCUGGCUCGCAUUUGAUGACGCCCCAGACAAUGAAGCAUUGAGGUCGAUGAUUCGAGAGUGGCUUCAGCAGACCGCGCUUACUGAGACCGAGUUAUGGAUUCAGCGCUGCCAAAACAUCAUGACCAAGACUCGUACAAAGACUGAGGUGAUUCCCACCACUGGUGUCCAGGCUGCGGCAGCUGACAUUCCUGAUGAUGAGGUAGCCGGGUUUGCGACGGCGGCGGCGAGCGAGGGUCAAGUUCACCCGGCUAGCGAUGGUGUUUCCAGUCUUGAACUGCUGAAAUGGCAGACUCGGAAUUUCGCAAUGAGUUGCCUCUUUGAUCUUCUCAUCAUUGCCAAAGAAGCGAUACUGCCUGACCAGACAAUCCCAGCCGAAGUGGCACUCCAAGCUAAGGUUGGCGACAUUGUGCGGAUGGCGUUCUCGGCGUCAACAGCUCAUGUGAUUGAGCUACGAGUGUGGGGGUUGAAAAUCCUCGACCAGGUUUUGACAAUGUUCGGAAAGACCCCAGACCCCGACUUUGCUGAAGCGUCUCUUCUUGAGCAGUAUCAGGCCCAAAUAGGUUCUGCAUUGACACCUGCAUUUGCUAUUGACUCGUCAGCCGAGCUAGCUUCUGAGGCGAUCAACGUCUCCGCUACGUUCAUCGCUACAGGGAUCGUAACGAAUGUGGACCGGAUGGGUCGAAUCCUGAAACUUCUAGUCCUCGGGUUGGAGAACUUUUCUAAAGACCCGGAAACAACCGAAAUCGGUGAUCUGAAAGGGUUGAACUCAAAUGCGCGUGUCAUGGUUAAGCUUUCCCUAUUCUCAGCUUGGGCUCGACUGCAGGUGGCGAGCACAGAGCAGGAGUACCUUAAUCAGGUCGUCCAGCCGUAUCUUGCUAAACUUACACCCCUCUGGCUUUCUUCGCUUCAAGAAUACGCACGCUUGCGCUUUGAGCCAGACAUUUCUGGUGCGCUGGGUACGAGCUCGCAGAGCGGUGACUUGGACGAAGUGUACGCCGCGCUUAAUCGCGAAACACUACUCCGGUUCUACCAGGAUACCUGGCUCAGCUUUGUGAAUGCCAUCGCUGGGCUUGUGGAGAAUGAUAUUGAUUUCGUAUUCGACGCCUUAGAUGGCAAGCUCCAAAUCACGAACGGAUCGGAAGAAUCUGAGAAGACUGAGGAGCAAAGCGAGACCAAGCCCAACGAGGAUAAGGCAGAAGUCAAUGGUCAUACAAACGGCAAAGGUCAUGAUAUCAACUACCGGGAAGAACCUGUCGCAUUCUUCUUCGUCCUGUUUGGACUCGCUUUCGAGGCUCUUGUUGAUCAGUCGACCUCCUCUUCUCAACGACUUGAGAUUUUGCAGGCCCUCAAGAGGAUAUUACGACCUCUUGUUGCCGGGAACGCAAUCUAUCAAGAUGCUGUCUUCUCGGAGACCAUGGACACGUUCGACCGCCUCGUACUGACCGAGGCAAAUCCUAUCCAGAACGUCAUUGUUGAGAUUGCUCAGAAUCUGUCCCUGGAUCAUCCGGCAGCUCAAAGUGAUCAAGAGCGAAGUGAUCAUCUCUCCGACGAUAUUGAACAACUCUUUGAACUGACGAGGAGCAUCAUUCUUGUUCUCGCUGGCAUGCUUCCCAAUUUACGGGAAUCGGCCCCCAUGGCACGGUUCAAUGUGACUUCCGAUGAUUCACUUGCCCUGAUCCGCUUGGCACUCAAGUCUCUGGUCGACGUUGCGUCAGUGUUUCCAUCCAUCAUCCGCAACGAUCUUCAUGCCUGCAUUCUACACAUUUUCACCACUAUUCUCGCCACUGGCAUCUGUCAAACGGAGGUCGUCCCUCAAGCCCUGCCCAUUUUCAGGCAAUUUGUGCAAGCAAUCACUCAACCCACCGAAAUACCGGACGAUAUUGAUGUGGUGUCGUUCCAAUUGCGCGGCUGCAUGACUCGCUUCUUAACCAUACUCACAAUAGCUCAGCGCCGAGAGUCAGAGUCCUCCCUUCCCUGCGCCAAGAACACACUUUUGGCGAUUACUUUCCUCCUGACAGCUGGCGGUCACGCAAUCCCACCGCAAGAUCCCGUGAUUCGUCGCGUACUCGACGAGUUCCUCGAUUGUCUCCAGGAUGUGGGACUUGCCACGGUCGCUGCCAGCUGCCUCAGAUCCAUUCUGGGCAAACCCACUUCACGCUCUGUGACGGAUGAUGCAAUUGCUCAGUACCUGAUUCCUCGGCUCAUUGCAUUUUUGGUCAGUUGCCCAACUGACUCGGGUGAAGUUCCGCAAGACCCUGAGAAUUCCCGCACAGUCAUCGCGCGAACUCUCGUCUCCUGCGCAAGUAGUGACCAUAUCUGGCCAACCUCAAAAGCCACCAAAAUCUCUCUGGUCACGUCCACGAUACUGGCACGAGCCAGCAGGGAGGGACAAUCGGUAUAUCAGCAGUCAGCAUCAUACCUGCUCGAGCUUGCCAAGGCCGAUCAGCUUAUAUUCCGAAAUUUGGUUGCGAGCAUGAACUCGGAGCAGAAAUCGCUUCUUGAGGAGGUCCUGCGGAGCGCUAGGACCGAGUCGGCGAGGUCCGAAGACGCAGAUGAUCACUUGCAACAAGCUGCACCAACGAUUGCCUUGCGAAUGGACUUUUAG